AUGCCACCAACUCGUACAGAAAAUCGACAAAAAUUGGUGGAACAAGAGGGCAAGAUUCUACUUGCUAUUUCUGAUUUAAAAAAUGGCAAAAUUCGCAGUGUUUUACGUGCUUCAGAGAUCUAUCAAAUUCCUCGUACAACUCUCCGAGAUCGACUCAACGGUAUCGAAUAUAGAGGUGAGAAACGCGCAAAUAAGGAAUCUCUUCUAAAAUGGAUUCUUGAUCUUGAUAAACGUGGAUUGCCUCCCCGACCAUCUCUUGUAGAAGAUAUGGCUGAUCUUCUUCUUUCUCAACGCGGAAAUAGACACGUCAGUGAGAGGUGGGUUUAUCGAUUUGUUGACUGCCAUCCAGAGGUGAAACUACGGUUUUCACGAAGAUAUAACUACGAGAGAGCAAAAUGCGAGGAUAUUAAGAUAAUCCAAGAGCAUCUUAAUCGCGUACAAGAGGUUAUACAAGAGUAUGGGAUCUUAUCUGAAGAUAUAUACAACUUUGAUGAGACUGGCUUUGCUAUGGGUCUCUGUGCUUCUGCAAAGGUUAUUACAGGUAGUGAUCGAUAUGGAAGACCAUACCUAUUACAACCUGGUAAUCGCGAAUGGGUCACAGUAAUUGAAGCAGUUAAUUCAACAGGAUGGGCUUUGCCCUCAUAUAUUAUCUUCAAAGCAACAACCUUCUAUCAACAAGGCUGGUUUGAGAUUCUUCCACAAGAUUGGAGACUUAAUAUCAGUAAAAAUGGCUGGACAACAGAUGAGAUUGGGUUGCAAUGGCUUCAAAAGCACUUUAUUCCUCAUACGACAAGCCGCACGAAGGGGAGAUAUCGGAUGCUUAUUCUUGAUGGCCAUGGAAGCCAUUUGACACCUCAAUUUGAUCAAAUAUGCACUGAAAAUAAUAUUAUACCAGUCUGCAUGCCAUCUCAUUCUUCACAUCUCUUACAGCCUCUUGAUGUGGGUUGUUUUGCUGUUUUAAAACGGCAAUAUGCGCUGCAUGUUGAGCAACGUGUACGGCUCGGAUUCAAUCAUAUUGAUAAAUAUGACUUUCUCACAGCUUUUCCAGAAGCUCGUACAGUGGCAUAUAAGGCUGAAAAUAUUCAGAAUGGCUUCAAAGCAACUGGAUUAGUACCGUUUGAUCCAGAUCAUGUCUAUCAAAAGCUUACAGUUCAACUUCGCACCCCAACACCCCCACCUAGUCGAUCAAGCGAUUCGCAACCAUCCUGCUUACAAAAACCUCAAAAUGCACGUCAAUUUAAGCGCCAAAUAACAACAAUAAAGAAGCGGAUUGAUACGCAUAAAACGAGCCCACUUGAUCGGAUAGCUAAAGCAUACGAAGUUGGCAUGAAUCAGUUUGUGAUUAUACAGAAAGAGGUACAUGAUUUACGGGCUGCAAAUGAGAAGGAGAAGCGAAAACGUCAAAGAUCUAAAAAGCAAAUAUCUCACGAAGGAGACCUUACAGUACAGGAAGCCCAGGAACUAAUAAUAAGUCGAGAUCAGGCAUCUCGAUCUAAUCCGGCUGUAUCAGGUGAAUCCGAACCUCAGGCUUCUCAACCACGCGUACGAGCGCCACCGAAGUGCAGUGGAUGUGGGAUUAUUGGGCAUAAAAUCAAUCGAUGCUCAAAUCGUACUACUAGUUAAAAAAUUGUAUGUAUUUUAUAUGUGGGUUAGAAAUUCAGGCUUGAAAUUUGUAUAGAGCGCGU